GGUAAAGGAAUAAAGAAGCACAUGAAGAGAGUGAAUGCGCCCUCGCAUUGGAUGUUGAACAAAAUGGGCGGCCAGUAUGCGCCCAAAACGAGUAGCGGUCCCCACAGGCUCAUCGAAAGUAUCCCCCUGGUAAUUUUGUUACGAAACCGACUGAAGUAUGCCUUAACGUUUGACGAAGUGAAAAUGAUAUUAAUCCAGAAAAUUGUAAAAGUGGACAACAAAAUAAGAACCGAUUGCACAUUCCCUGUUGGUCUUAUGGACGUUAUUCAUAUAACCAAAUCGAACGAAUAUUUUAGACUCUUGUACGACAUUAAAGGAAGAUUUGUCCCCCAUCGUAUUACCAAUGAGGAGAGCAAAUAUAAAUUGUGCAAGGUGAAAAAAAUGAUUUUGAGAAAAGGACGAUUAUCCAUUGCUGUUACGCAUGAUGGUAGGAGCAUUCCAUACAUACACCCAGACGUUAAGGUAAACGAUACGGUUCGAUUAGACUUAGAAACCGGGAAAGUGCUGGAACAUUUAAAAUUUCAAAUCGGUAGUAUGGUUAUGGUCACAGCUGGACACAGUGUUGGAAGAGUUGGUAUCAUUUCCUCUAUUGAUAAGAACAUAGGAACGUAUGAUAUUAUUCACGUGAAGGACUCCAGGGGAAAAAUAUUUGCCACUCGUUUGAGCAACGUGUUUGUCAUUGGGGAUAAUUCGAAGCCUUAUAUCAGUUUACCCCGUGAGAAGGGAAUCAAGUUGGACAUCAUUGAGGAGAGAAGGAACAAGCUGAAGGCACAGAAUAACUAG